AAGGAGGAGGGACAAACCCAUUUGAGGAGUGUCAAUUUUGCUCUCAAAAUGGCAAGGAAAAAAUGCACAGCUAAACGAAUAUAUGACGAUGAACACAGGACGUUUUUAACAGAGUUAAAGUUGUUUUUUGUUGAACGCAAUGGCAAGCCAUUCUGCCUGAUAUGUCGGACGUCAUUAGCGCAUUUAAAAGCUUCAAAUGUUCAGCGCCACUUCCGCUCACUUCAUGCCAAUAUCGAUAAGGACUUUGCAAAAGGGACUGAAUUUCGCAAGCACAAGUUUGGACACAGGCAGAAAAAUGGGUAACAGUUUUUCCAAGAAAUUACGAAACACUCAGACUGUCACACUUGGAUUGUUUCAAUUGGCUUGGAACAUUGCGCGGGCUAAAAAGCCAUACAAUGAAGCGGAGUUCGUUAAAAAAUACCUCAGUGACGUUAUUGAAAUCUUGUCUCCUGAAAACGACAAACUAAAACGAAUGGUCUGUCCUGCCACACAUAGUCGCUGCAGGAUGAAAGGGGCUCUCUCUCACUUUAGAGCAUUGUGUGACAAACAUCAGCGUUGCCCCAUUCACCCUACGGGUACGGACUCCUGCCCUGGUGUCUCCAAAUACCUCCACAUCGUCUACAGCUGUGAGGAGAAAGUGUGUCUUGACAGUCUGGGCCUCGCUGGCGAGACAAUCCCAGACUCCUCCUUUUCAGCCUCUUCCUCUGCGAUCAAUGCCGAACCUCACAAAGCGCGUCUGGGGGGCAGCGGUUGCUGGAUACCGUCCAAAAUACUCGGCAGCUGGAUCCAGGUGAACCUCGGUCAGCGCUUCAAGGUGACGGGCAUUGUGACCCAGGGGUGUACAUACCAAUUGGAAAGUUCCAACGUAUUUGAGUUGGAGUUCAGUACUGACGGAGAGACUUGGCAUCGCUACCCAGAGCAGCUUGCUUUGGGGACGCACAUGCUAACCAGGCUCAUGUUUGCCAAGUACGUCCGCCUCCUGCCAAGAUUUCUUGGCCUUCGCUUUGACGUCUUAGGGUGCACGCCUGACGAGACUUUUCGCGACAUCUUAUGCAGCAGCACAGCCGUCGGCCUCGUCCUGGACAGUUCAAUGACGGUCCGGUGCCCGCCAGGCUGCGCCCAAACCUACACGGUCUAUGGAACACAGAUCUACAAACAAGAGUCAAACAUCUGCGCGGCUGCCAUUCACUCGGGCGUCAUUGAGAACGCGAUUGGAGGAAUUGUGUCUUUGCUGAAGAGAGACCCACAGGAGGCCUACAAUAGCUCCGCCAGGAACGGGAUCACCUCGAGCAAUGAUGACGGUUUGGCUCGAUCUCCGUCGUACACUUUUGAAGACCAGGAGCCGAGAUGCUUGGGACCUGAAUGGGAGGAGUUUGCGGACUUUUGCUACAAACGUUUUGAUGAGAGAAAGACGUGGUACGGCGCUCGACAAAACUGCUCCCGUCUGAAUGCCAAGCUGGUGUCCAUUCGCUCCAAGGUUGAGCAGGAUUGGCUGCAAGACCUCCUGACGUCAGCCCUCGCCGACACAUGGAUCGAACUGAACGCCCCGGUGGUUCCCGGCGAAUUCGCGUGGUCGGACCACCAGAAGGUGACCUUCACCAACUGGGCUCCGGAAGAACUUGGCGACGCGUUGGAGAAUUGCGUGGCCGCCUUGAGCCAGUCUGGCAAAUGGAAGAUGAUGUCGUGCACGGAACUCAACGGCUACAUGUGUAAGAUGCCCACGGAGCGUUAUGCGCUGGAUAAAGGCGCCAAUGCAUGUGGCGAGUAAUCAUAUGAAUGCAAUUGACCUUCCAUGAUCGUUCUGUUUGAUUUACCAUUGAUGGAUGCAUUAUGACUGAUUUACCAUGCAUUAGUCUUUUUGUUAGAUUUACCAAGCGUUAUGAUUCUGUUGACUUCUUCUUGACUUAACAUGUGAUAUGAUGAUUUACCAUGCAUUAUUAUUCCUUUGUCCAAUUUACCAUGUUAUUAUUCUCUUAGAUUUACCGUGCAUUUUCAUCAUUAAUUUCUUAUAUUUCAUUCACUUAUUGUUAAAUUUACCAUGCAUUAUUAUUAUAGCAUCUGUUGUUUUACCUUGUUUAAUUGACCCAAAAAAUAAUAAAAUAAUAAAGACAAA